CACUUCGCACUUGCCCGCCGUGUGCGCGUGCCGUGUGAGGACGCGGGCGAGUGCGGGCGCGGGCGCGUGAGGCUCCGUAACUGUGCGGCGCAGCGGCUCUGUCAGUGGGCCUGUGCUGCCAGCACGUCGGGAUGGAGCGCGGAGGGGGCUGCGGGGCCGGAGCCCGGACGCAGGGGACUGCGCGGGGCUCUCCGCUCCACGGGAAGACGGCUGAACAAAGUGCGGUGCGGACCUCGCCGUCCAACCAUCGGUGUUCAGCCAUGGACGGGAACUUAAAAUCCGAUGAGAGACAAAGGCAGGCCAAAGAACGACGUGAAGAAAAACAAAAAAGUAUGGCUGCCCGGGAGCAGCAGUUCCUGGAGAAGCAGAGGAGAGCAGCACUCCAGUAUGAAAAGCAAGUGAUGGAGCGAUGGCGGAAACUGGAGGAGCGGCGGUGCCGGGAGAACGAGAAGAGGGCUGCUGUGGAAGAGAAGAGGGAGCAGAAGCUCCAGGAGCGGAAGGAGCGGAUGGAGGCAAUUCUGCGCAGGUCCCUGGAGCGCACUCAGCAGCUGGACAUGAGCAAGCGGUACUGGUCUGGAGUUCCAUCACAGGUCUUGGCGCCUGGAGGACGUGAUGGUGAAUCAGAAAAUACUCCAUCCCCUCCUCUAGGUUUAGCAGCCAGCACCCUCCCUCCUGACCCAGGGACCACCGCUGCUGCCGAGUCCACCAAUGCACGUGACAGCUUGUCAGCAUCAGCAACGCAUUUGUCAAAGCAGAUGGAGAGUUCGAUGAGUAAGCGCCCAUCUUCAUCCACCGUGACAAAAUCGUAUUCCCCACAACGAGUGUUACAUACUGGUCCUCGUAUAUGUGCUGCCAAGCCUCUUCAAUAUCUCUACAAGUCUUCCCCCACUUGGAUCAUGGAUAAAGAGACUACGCUGCCAUCUGUUGCAGGAGACUCUGGGAAAGCAGCUCCUGUAAAAGCAGACUCCUCUAAGAUGGAGAAGAUCAAGUGGGAUUCACUAACAUCCAUUUCUUUUUCCAACGGGAGCACUGGGUCCCUUGCAAAAAUAGGCGAUUCUCCCAAGGGCAAUGCUAAGAGGUCAUCUUCUCCUGUGACAACCAGGACCAGUGCUAAAUUACACCCAAAGUCCCUUCUGAAACUGCCAGAGCCAGAGCCUAUUGUGAAGUACCGUUUAUCUGCCUUUUCCGGAGACGAAGUGCCCAAGAUGAAAGAGCAGAGCAACAAGGAUCGGGAAGGGAGCCUGGCUCAGCGAUCAGGCAGCCUACUCAGGGACAAAGCCCCAGAGAAGAACAUAGUAGAUGAGCAUGUCACCGAAAAGCGGGGGUCUGCAGGAGGGAAAGCUGAGGGCAAUACAGGGAAGCCUACUGCAGAUAUCACCAAUGCAGAGGAAACCUCAAAGAUCCUAGCCACAAAGAGACGACGGGCCCGGCUACAGAAAGAGCUAAAAGAGCCGGAGAAGAUGGAAAUGAUCCAGCAAGACAGGCUGGAGAGAGAGGAAUUGGAAAGACAGGCAGAGGAGGAGACACUUCGCCUACAAGAGGAAACCCGUAAGCAGGAAGAGGAAAAGAAGUGGCAGGAGGAGGAAAAGAAAAGACUGGAGGAAGAGGAGGCCAGGAAGAAAGCCAAGGAGGAGUUGCUGUUGAAAGAAAAGCAAGAAAAGGAAAAGCAAGAAAAAGCCAUGAUUGAAAAGCAGAAGGAAGAAGCAGAAGCAAAGGCCCAGGAGGCAGCUAAACAGAUGCGUCUGGACAGAGAACAGAUCAUGCUGCAGAUUGAACAGGAGCGACUGGAGAGGAAGAAGAGAAUAGAUGAAAUCAUGAAGAGGACAAGGAAGAGUGAUGUGUCUCCAGAAGUGAAGAAAGAAGACCUGAAAAUGGAGCUUCAGCCUGCUGUGUGUGUGGAAAAUAAGACAAAAGCAGUUGUCCCAAACAAAAUAGAAAUCAAUGGAUUGAGCACCUGCCAGGAAGUUAAUAGUGUGGAGCCUGCUGUCCCAGAAGCUUUUCCCGGAGACACUUUCUCCAACGUGCUUAAAGCAGUUGGGGGACCUGUUCAUCUGGACACCCUUGAUGGGAAAUCGAACAAUCUGGACCACUCAGCCGAAGAAGUUCAGUCUAUGGAUGUCAGUCCUGUUUCAAAAGAAGAGCUUAUCUCCAUCCCAGAAUUUUCACCAGUGAGUGAAAUGAUUCCUGGGGUGUCUCUGGACCAAAACGGAACUGGUAAUGCCCGAGCUCUUCAAGAUCUCUUAGAUUUCACCGGCCCCCCCAUGUUCCCCAAGAGAUCCAGUGAAAAUCUCAGCCUGGAUGACUGUAACAAAAACCUGAUCGAAGGAUUUAACAGUCCCAGCCAAGAAAAUACUCUGAACACCUUCUGUUGACAAAUACAGCAGCUCUUUAAUGAAAGGUGGUGUUUCGAGAAGCCAUGAAGCUGCUGGUAGUCAAAUUUGAGCUGCUGGCCCUCGGAAGAAACUUCUGUCGUCCUUAAGCACUGGAUUCCAAAUUCCUAGAUGGAAUUGUAACUGUAUUCCUAGUUAAGUCUGUCAAACACUGGCCACUCUUGGUAGAAACCUUGCGAGGUUUUAGCAAUGUUCCAUGUCAUGGUUCUAUGUAGGAGCUUCAGCUGCUGAUGAAGUGCUUCCUAUAAUAUACUACUUAUUCUGUUAUAGCGAUCACCCGCAACCCAGUCAUUGCAGCUGGGAAGUUCACCUUGUAACCAUUCGUAUUCCCAAAGUUGGAGCACAUAAACAUUUAGAUGUUGUUCCCUGUAAAUAUUCUAGACAUUUACCCAGACUCUACUUAAAUGUAUACCGAACUUGGGCUGCAUAUCUCCCUGUCUGUGUUUGGGAGAAGAAAUUCCAGAGGGUUUUCCCCCCUCUGUGGUUUCUUUGUUGGAAGUUACUAUCAAGAAAGUGUUCUUUUAUUAUUAAGCUUAGUCACCUGCAAAAAUGCGCUGUGCCACAUUACUCCUUGGGGAGCUAACUGAAUAAGUCUGGUUGAGUAACGAAGCCAUUAAACAGUGUGGAAUGAUUUCUGUUUUCUUAUGCAUAUCCCUACAGACAUGAACGGCUGAAUCUAGAAAGGAUAUUUGCAUAUCGCACCUUAAACUCUCCGAGCUCUAGGCACUCCAAACCAUCAAGUGGCUUUUGGACUGAAUGAAUCGUAUGUCUCAUGCACUGGUUGUUGAUUUUCAUGUUGUUAAUAUUGAGGCUUUUGUUUGUUUGCUCCUGUGUUUGCGCAACUCUAAUAAAAAUAGGCACAAAUGAAAACGCCAGUGCUCUGAAAUCAGGGGACCCUGAAAGGGACUCACUGUGUCACUGCAAUGAACUUGAACAUAAAACAUCUGAACAGAAAACAGAUGUCGCUAGAAUGUGUACUCCUUGCAUAUUAUGCCGUAUAAUGUGUUUUUUUUUAUUUUGUUUCUUGUGGUGAAAUGUGA